UACACGCCACCGAUUGUGCCGCCGCCAUGUCUCUAGUGAUCCCUGAGAAGUUCCAGCACAUUCUGCGAGUACUCAACACCAACAUCGAUGGGCGGAAAAUAGCCUUUGCCAUCACUGCCAUUAAGGGUGUGGGGAGGAGAUAUGCUCAUGUGGUGUUGAGGAAAGCAGACAUUGACCUCACCAAGAGGGCUGGAGAACUCACGGAGGACGAGGUGGAACGUGUGAUCACCAUCAUGCAGAAUCCACGACAGUACAAGAUCCCAGACUGGUUCUUGAACAGACAGAAGGACGUGAAGGACGGGAAGUACAGCCAGGUUCUGGCCAAUGGUCUAGACAACAAGCUGCGUGAGGACCUGGAGCGUCUGAAGAAGAUUAGAGCCCACAGGGGGCUGCGCCACUUUUGGGGCCUUCGUGUCCGAGGUCAGCACACCAAGACCACUGGCCGCCGGGGCCGUACUGUGGGUGUUUCCAAGAAGAAAUGAGUCCCUGGGCCUUUGCUGUUAAUAAAAGUUUAUAUGCC